GUCGACGCGGAUAUUUUUCCGCGGCCCAUCCUGCGAUUUGAAGGUCCCCGGAGCAUGAUGAAGAAGCACGCGACCAAGACUGUGGGCCGCGCAACGCCGUCGACGGCCAAGGCGAAGGCCCGCGCGGCCUUUAGCGUCGGCCAGCUCGUCGAUGUGGCACAAGAGACCGUCGGCAAGUGGAAGCGCGGCAAGAUCAUGUCGCUGCGCCAAGGCGCGCCCACAACGAGCGCUAGCAAGCGCCGCCCCGAGAACACGAGCCUCCAGUACGAUAUUGCCUACGAGAACGGACAAAUUGAGUGCGACAUCGACGCCGACCGCCUUCGACCGAUGGCAAAAGAGCCCGCAUCGUUGUACCAGGCGCCACCGACAACGUCGCCGACGUCGCUCUCGCGCCCCAAAGCCACGCCGUCGUCGUCAUCGACGGCCACAAAGCGUACGUCACUCGAAGGGUACGGCUCGCACGACGAGACCGAGUCGGGGCCGCCGCCGAUGGUGCUACGCACCGAAGAGCAGCUCCUGGGCCAUCAGUCGCAGAUCCAAAUCGUGCUCGACAACCUCUUUUCGAUCCACGCCGACGUGCACUCUGUGAAAAAGGCGCUCUCGACCUUGCUCAAGCUCCUGCGCACGGCGCCGCAAGUGACGGCCGACUACUUCCACUUCAAAGCCGGCGAGACGAUUCUGUUGCAUAUUAUUCGGUCCCAUAGUCUCUACUCUGUGUUGCAGUGCUACGGCUUUGUGCUCUUGCGCAAAAUGUGCCACCUUUCGUUCGAGAGCUGCCACGUCUUUGUACAGAACGGUGCGGUGGCCGCGAUUGCCGGUGCCCUUACGUCUUUUCCCGACGACCCGAUUGUUCAGGCAUCGGGUUGCGGGGCACUCGCAGCAUUGGGCCAGCUCAAUGUCAACUCGGUCGCGAUCAUGCUCGAACACAACAUCGUCCCGUUGGUCACAAAAGCGAUUUUAAGCCACUUGGAGAUCAACGCCAAUACGCGCCAAGUCCAGUUUUACGCUUGCGAAGUGCUCCUCGAACUCUGUGACCGGGGUGGGGCGCGGGCGGCGGCGGCCAUCGUCGAGCUUCAGGGAGACGACGGCGGCCUGCUCAAGGCUCUUGUACAAGUGCUGCGCAAGAGCCUCAAGCUCGACGACAAGAAGGUGUCGUGCGCCAUCUGCUCCCUCGUGCUCUGCCUCCUCUCGAUGAACAAGGCGACGGCGCAGCUCUUGCGCCAAACGGACGCGAUCUCGGACCUCUCGAUUGUCAUGGCCAAGUACCCGUCGCACGAAGGCAUCCUCAAGUACUCGGUGCUCGCGACGCGAGAGCUCGCGAUUGCUAGUAUUCAGAGCCCGAGCAACCGUGUACGACAGACGGCGCGCGUCAUCCUGGACGACGACAAGAAGGCGUCAACAGCGACGCCCAAGUCGAGAAAGCCAAUCAAGACACCGACACCGACGGCCAAGGGCCGAGCGACGGCGCGCAGUGUCCCAAAGAAAGACAGGAACGUCGUCACCCGCGAGAAGAAGCUGCUUGAGACGUAUGGGUUUGACCCGGCAUCGACACCACUGGGACGCAAGGUGAAGCCGUCGACGGCGGCCUCGGCACUGGCUCCGCCAACCGCAAAAGCAGCGUUUGCAGCACCGACCGUGGUGACUUCGACGCCGUUGCCGUCGGAUCCAGAUAUCUUAUUGACACGGCCGCACUCGUCGUCGAAGCUCCAGCCGCUUGUGUUUGAUACCUUGCCAACAGCGCGCCCGCAAACGACAACACCGACGAGUGGAGCCAAGUGGAGCGAUAAAUUGACUCCUCGCGUGCCCCCGGCGGAGCUCAAGACGCUUGCAUCCGAGCUCUUUCAGCCCAAAGAGGACGACGGACCACGCCCGUCGUCUUCGGAUGCGUCGGCGCUCAACCGCAUUAGUUUUGCAGACAAGUUGCACCGGAUGAUCGAGAAGGCCGAGACGUCGCUGGGGACGACCGCACAAGUUUUGCCGCCGGCCACGACGCCUCGACCCAUCGAAUCGAGCCGUCCGACAGAGUCGGUUCUGCCGCCGGCGACGACGCCCUGGCCAAUGCCCGUUUCCGAGGUGCGACCCGUCACACCAGCAUCCACAUUGCCCGAGAUCGUCUUUGGCGAGCGCGGCAUCUUUACACCGAUUGCCAAUAAGCAGCCCGUCAUCGAGCUCUUCCCCGUUGGCACCAAGGUGCGUGUCCGCUUCAACGGCGGCGCGCGCUACUAUCCUGGCGUCAUUGCCGCAACGUAUCCGGACCAACGCUGCUACGACAUCGACUACAACGACGGCGAGCAAGAGUCGAAGGUUCCUAUCGACUGGAUACGCCUGCAGCCGACCGCGGGCCUAGUGGCGGCGCUGUCGCCGGUCAAGGUCCGUCGUAUUUUUCACGAAGGCGACUGCGUCGAGGCGCGGCCGCCGGGCAAAACGGCCUUUUACCCUGCGCGUGUGGUGCACGCCACGUCCAAGUUUGGGGCGACGGGGUACGUCUACGACAUCGCGUACGAUAGCGGCGAAGCCGCGAGCGACGUGCCUCAAGAAUGCCUUCGCCCGAUGGUGCUUCCCGAGUGGGUCUUCUCGCUCGGACAGACAGUCGAGGCCCGCUACAAAGGUCGGUCCAAGUACUACCGCGGUACCGUCAACAAGCUUCGCCUCACGGGGCACUAUGACAUUCUCUACGACGAUGGCGAGCAAGAAGUCAACAUCCAUCGGGACUACAUUCGUGCCGUCGUUGUGCUCGAGUCGUAUGAAGACGGCGACGCUGUCGAGGCCCAAGCGGAAGGCCUGCAAGAGUAUGCACCUGGAGUCGUCACUCGCUGCCGCCUCGAUGGCUCCUACGACGUCCGUUUUCUUGCUGGCAACGAAGAGACGUUCAUUGGGCCGGAGCGGAUCCGCCGACGGAAAGGCGGGCCGCUCGUGCAAGACGUAGGCGACGAUCCUGGACCAGUGCCCGUCGAGCUGGAGAGGCCGCCCCCCGAGACCGUCGUUUCGCCGCGAGCUCUCAAAGCAUCGGCGGUAACCCCCCUCGUACCGCUGCUGCGUCCGCCAACACCCCGCGUUGAGAAGAGCACGGAUCAAGACGCACCCUUGUCGCCCACAACACACACAGACGAUGGUGCGCUUCCGACGCCACCCGAGCCAUCGCAUCUGUCGGUGGUGGCAUCUCCAUCGCCCGAGCCGUCACCGACCAAGCAAGACGAUGCCCGAAGCGAAUCACCAAGAAAGGCGGUAGCGACCUUCGAGCGCCACCAACGGGUCCAGGUGCGCGUGAACGGGUCCGUGCAAGUAGAGACGGGCGUCGUCCUGCGUUGCCGCCUCAACGGCACAUACGACAUUGAGUUUGACACGGGGGAGAAGGAAAUCGGUGUACCCCCCGAUCAGAUCGAACCGAUGACGUGGCCGCCCCAAGAGUACAUUCCGCUGUGGCAUCUCGGCGACAUCAUUGAGGCGCGGUGUCGCGGACGGACGCGGUAUAUCCCCGGUGUCAUUGCGCAAGUGCAUGUCGAGCCAACGUCGGCGCGCUACGACGUUCACUUUGAGAACGGUGUUGUUCAAGAACACUUGGACGAAGACAGCAUCCAUUUACUGCGGCGGUGUCCGGAUGUCACGGCUGUGUUUGCGGCCAACGCUCGGGUAGCUAUGGACGGCCAAGAUGGCGUCAUUGCGCGUUGCUUGACCAACGGGUGCUACGACGUUUUGCUCGACGUUGGCACCGAAGUCACGAUGGUUCCGUUCCAAUACCUGACGCCAUCGACGGCGCCGUUGCCAACACCAAGUGCCCUUGAGGCAGCGCAAGAAGCACACCCGGUGCUUCCAUCCGACGAUGCAUCGGCAGACGCGCCAUUUUUGAUUUCUGAGACUGCAGCGACGGUAGUGGUCGACCCCUCGCCCAAAACCGCGGAUGCGGCACCGGAUGGCGAUGUGUCAGAUGCAUCACGGGUCGAGGGUCGCGAAGCCGUCGAGCCUGAGGUUACUGUCGCUGACGUCAACAUGCCAGAAAAAGUACCCAUUUUGAGCGACACUGUCGACCCAAGCAGCUUGUUUGCCUCUGAAUCGAACGACGAGGUCGCCGACUACUCGUCGACGAGCGUUGCUGGGGACGAUGAGCCAAUCUUGGUACCAGAAGUCGUGACUGCCAUGUCCGGGCCCGCCGUGACCGACAGCGCUGAAGCGGAGCCAAACGAAGCUCCAUGCACUCUGGAUAUGGCGCACGAGCUCAGCGCCUCUUUAACCUCGAGCGUCUUGAGUGCUGCAGUGCUUGGAGUGGGCAGCCCUGGUGCCCAUGAUGACGUGGCCGAUGAGAUUUCCGAAACGGCUCGCGAUGCGGACGGCGCAGCCGCCAGCACCGUGACCUCGUCGGCAACUGCAGUCGUUGCAAAUGCAAUUGGCACGGCCGUGAGCGAUAUUACCGCAGAAGCACUACGCAGCAGUCUUGUGGAGACAACGGCAGCCCCGUGCGAUGUCUCAGACAAAUCGACGCGCCUUUUUGACGACGUUAUCGCGGACGCAAAGGACGUGGUAUAUCUGCAUGACGACGCAACGUCUGUUUCCAACGAUCACAACGCGGAUGAGAAGCCAACCUUACUCGAGGCCGACGCCAAGGACUCUACCGAUGUUUGGACAUCAAACCAGAUGGACGACGUUGGCGAAGCUGUCCGCAUUUCGGCAACCGCCGUUGCCGUCGGUGCCAUUGCGAUUGGCGCGGCCGUUCAUGCGUGUGCCGUCGAGCGACCACACGAUGAUGUCGCCGUCGCACGGGGCCAAGCCACGGCCCACUGGGCGUCAGACACCUACGACGUUGCGUCCGAUUCCAACGAAGCGGUUACGUCCUCGAAGAGCAUUGAUGCGCCUGAGACCAAGGAUGCGGACUUGGAUCCAGUGCACGUGAACGCGAACGCGAUCGAGGGCAGUGUCGACGCUUCCGGCGAUGGUCCACUCUCAGAACUCGACAUGGACGUCUGCUGCCCGAGUGCGACGGAGGAGGCACCGGUGUUGGCACUCAGCGAUGACCCGUUUGCUCUGGCAAUGGCUAUCAAUGCUGUCGCCGAAACGACCUGCAACGACGUCUUACAAACGGCCACGACACACGUACUCGACUCGUGGACGCCGGCACCGCAAGACGCUGUUGCUGCCGACGUGAACACCGACGACUAUGAUUUUUACGCCGCCGGCGACGAGUGUGCGCCGCCCGAACACGCGACCAGCGACGAGUCGGCGCCGCAAGAGCUCGUUGCCGCCGUCGCUAGCACAGAGGACUUUGACUUUUAUGCAACCAGCGACGAGUGUGCACCUCCCGAAAUGGAAGAAACCGCGUCGGCGUUUGAAGACGAGGCGGCGUCGACCGAAAUGCAAAAGAACGAUGUGGACUUGGACCAUGCCACACCGACGUCAGCGCGGGAUGGCGCGAGCGAUCACGUGGUGUCGCUCGAGCACGAAGCACCUGAAGGCAACGCCACCGACAUCGCGCUCGCAUUGGAGGAAGAAGCGCUGCGUGCGGCCACCGUGCAUGAUCUGAGCGUUGUGGUGACGACCGGUAUGGUCGCUUUGGCCGUCGCUACGGCAACUUGCGCAUCGACUUCAAGCACGGCAUCAACGGUAGCAUUGCGGACUGUAGCGACAGACGACCAGCCAAGCGCCGACGAAACCCUGUUGGCCUCGGGCAACGUGCCAGACGACGCCGUCGCUCGCCAGCAAGAAGCGGCCGCCAUCGUUCCCCACGAGCUUUGCGCGGCAGUCGCGUCGGACGCUGUCGCUACCGCUUUGCGCACGAUGGCGUCUUCAACGCCGCUAGAGACGACGGAGUCGUGUUUUGUGGUCGAGACGGAAAGAACCGCCCGCAUUGACCACCGGAGCGACGGUACACCCGAGACGCUUCACGCAACGGCGGCCGCAGCUGUGAACGACGCCAUUCACGGCGCUGUGGAUAUUCUUACAGCCCAGAUGCAUCCCAACGAUGACCCGCCCACUGGCGCCAGCAAGGACAAACCCGAGUCGACGAACGAGGAUGGUCACAAGUCGAUGCUACCAGCCGACAACCCCAAAUCUACGAAAACCAGUCCCCGGGAGACUUUGACUUUAAUCGCCAGGACCGACUCUGCGCAAGUGCUGCAAGGAGACCACGAGACGGCGAGCAGCAGCCAAAGCGCGGCCGCUCUUGAGCCUACGACGGUCGUCAAUGUCCCAGACAACACACUUCGGACUCUGGCAACAGCAGUUGUCUCGGAAGCGAUCCAAGCGGCCUCAGAGUCGAAAGACCUCGUCCGUCUUCUCGACGACGCCGCUUACAUCAACGAUAUCAAGCCAACCGAUGCCAGCGACUCGCCUCGGACUAUUGAUGACGCAGUCUUUGAAGCCAAACCCACUGCCACGUCUUCGCGCGACGACUUGUUUGACAAAGUUCAACCGUACGAAGCUGACGAAUCCAAGUCGAGCUCGCUCGAUGCUCUGCACGCGUUGGCAGCUACAGUUACCGUCACAGCAAUCGAAGCUGCUACCAAAGCAACAUUGUGGGACGACGCGAAAGCAAACGUCGAAACGGCGCCUCUAACCUUUGACCAAGCUACUGCGGCUGGCGACGAGUCGCUGGACCAUGGUGCGAAGGACGCAGUCGAGACUGCUAAUGCCAAGGACGUCGACGACGCUGACACCAAAGGUGCACCGGACGACGACAAGUCGACGUGUGGCGCCAGCACAUCUCGUGAAAUUUUGCACAAGUCGGCGACGGACAUGGUGGCAGAUACAAUCUCUGUCGCCAUGAACUGGCGUACGGACGAGCUUCAGCGCGCCGAGCUCAAAAUGCAGUCGCACGACCAGCUGGAGCACGAAGCAAAGAUCUCUGACGACGCAAAGUCGCCGCGUGUCGACCACCAAGGUGGUACGACCAUGUCCACCGAGGCGAAGGAGGCUGAGGCCACAAGCAACACAUCGGAAGUUGCCAUUGAAGACAGCGACUCUGUGGGAGAAAACGACUCGGUGCACGAGACGACCCCGUCAAUUGUCAUGGCUCGAGCAAUCAACUCGGUCGCUGAGACGACGUGCAGCCAUGCGUUUCAGUCGGCCACAACACAUGUUGCCGAGAGGCAAACCCUGGUACACGAAGAAGCCUUCAACCUCGAGUUACGACCUCAAAAUGUGGCGAGCUGCCGACACGACGCGCCUCACGCUGCAGCCAGCGUCCUUGCAGUGCAGCUAGCAUCAUCUGGUUCCGAACCCGACGAGACCACGUGCGAAGUCAUUACAGUGGUUGCAAGCACGGUCGUGGCGAAUGCAGUCGACGAAGGGCUCCAGCGGUCGCGUCCAACGACAGCAAGCGGCGCGCACAAAACGAUACGGGAUCUUGACGACUCGACAGAGGCAUGGAGCCUCCCAGACUCUGUCGUCCCUGCAGCUGACGUGCCCCCGAUUCUGGACAUUGCACCUCUUCCACUGCACAAGCUCGAAUGUGCGCGCAGUGCGUCGACUAUCGCCGUCGACUCGCUGCUUCAAGAAGGAAUCGCUCGCGCUAGCGCAGUCUUUGCAGCAAGUUCCGAGCUGCCUCCAAGUAGCAGUGAUGCACCGAUCAAACACGCGCAUAUCGAGCCAAGUACGAUUCCCGCAGCACCGUCCGACGAGAGCAGCAGCGUGGCGAUCAAAGCCGCCGAUGCCUCGAAAGCGUUUGUACCAGAAAAGGCUCUGGACGAUCUGCUGCUUGGUUUGCCCAAGGCCGACGCGAAAGCAGCCAGCGACAAUAAGGACAAGCGCACGAGCUACUUGAGCCAAGAGCGCUUCGACAACCAAUCAGAGAGCGGGCAGCUCGACGUCCCACCCGUCCGCGUCAUGCUGAGCCACACUGUGGACAGCUUUGUACACGAUGGCGUUGAGCGCGCAAUGCAGACGAUGGUCAAUUCCAGCGAUGAGAGUCCAACGAAGAACAAUCUCGACGCGAGUAAAGAAGCGCCGCGGCGGGUCCAGGAGCCUGAGGAUCGACCCUCAGUGGACGAUGCGACGUUGCGCAUGGACCACGCAUCCGAGUCUCCAAGAGAGAACCAAGACGAACCUACCGAGUCUUCAGCACCACCCAGCUCUUUCUCUACCUCGACUCCAUUCUUGCCCAAGCCGUGA